UCAGUCCCCAUCUGACCUGCCGGGAGCCAUUUCUAUGGAGUUCUACCCUGAGGCUCAGAGCUUCUCCCCAGAGAUGAAUUGGACUCCCACCGGGACUGGAAAGCUAAGGUGAGGGUCCAUCCUUCAGCAAUGAAUAUCUCCAGCCUGAGCAGCCAGCCAAGGCAACACGAGCCUCCGGACUUGGCUGGAUUCACUGCAGGCUCUGUUGUCCCGGGUGUGACCAAGAAGGCUGAUGCCCUUCCCAUGAUCACGGUCAUUGUGAUCAUGUUCGUCCUCUUGGCUGUUGUCAUCAUUGUGCUGGUGCGCUACGGCCCGCAGCUGUGCACAUUGCAGGUCACCCUGUACCAUGAGCCCAUGCCGCAGGAUCUGGAGAAGGGGGUGCACCUAACAGAUUGGAAGAAACUGGGCUCCAAAAGGAAAAGCAGCAUGAUGCAGCCUGCUCAGAACUACCAGGGAGAAUCGGGCAGCAAUGACACUGCUGCGCUGAGUGUCCAGUGCUCCUGUAAGCACCAACUGCCCUGCUUAAACGUGGAGCCUAAUGUCAUAGAGAUCACCUACCUGUGAAAUGUAUCGUGGCGGGGCCGGAGGCCAGCUCUGGUCAGACAGUCGCCAGGGGGACAAUGGCUCUGUUGGAGAAUAGCAAUGUUGGGAGUUGAGGAUUGCCAAAGACUCACCAGUAUUCCAACACUGUGGUUUUAUUGCCUCAUGAUCCCCAGCGGCUCAGACGCACCCAAUACUCAGUUGUGUGUCCCGGGCGAAAAGCAGCUUCAAAUAAAUAGAUUUGGGUGGCUGUCACAAUGUGCGUUUGAAACACACUUCGGUUCUUUCAAAUGUGCACCCUGGAGGGACCAGACAGUGCCUGUUCCCAAGAGCUGAUGGGGACCUGAGAAGGGCAGAGACAAGAAGGUAGAUGAUCCCUGCUUCUGCCUGCAUGAUACACCUUAACGAUGCUCAGCGCUCAUGAAGCACUUUACAGCAGCCCUGUCGGAUAGGUAACUGCUGUCCCUUUCCUAGGCCAUCAGCAGCAGUGGGAGGACUAGGACAACUCAGGAAUUAAUGACACAGAGUGCCCUUUGGUGCUGAAGGCAGAGAAAGCCCUGCUCCAACUCUAACCCCUCACUGGGAGCUCACUGCCUCACCCCCUCUAUCCAGAGUGAGCAAACAGGGAUUUUUGUGGAAAUCAGGCUUUUCUGGUUUUCCAGUUGUCACCCAAAUCCAUAGAGCGCUGCCCACUGAUGCCUAGAAUGGCCUCUGAAAGUCUGCAACAGAUCAGCUGUGGUUUUCAGAAACUGCCACAUGACAGAUGGGCUAACAGAGAAAUGCCAGCAAGUAGAGCGUAAGGCCUUGUUUUGCCUGGCCAGCUCUCACGUGGGCAGCAACAAACUAGAACUGACCAGCACAAUGGCACUAAGCCCAGCCGAGCAACCCAUUUGUAAUGAAGCCAGCUGGGACCGAAGCUGGGCCCAAUGGAAGGGUCUGAGCGGAAAGCCUGGGAACUGCUUUGGAACUGCCACCAGGGGGGGCAAAACCCGGGUGGAUCUGCUACAUAGUCAGGGCAAAACUCAGCAGAAACACCAAGAGAGCUCCAAGAAAACAUGUGUAAGACUCUCUGCUCCUCCUAGCCUAGCUCCAGGGCCGUCCUGAGGAUUUAUGGGGCCCUUCGCAGUAUCGUUAAACUAGUGCCCCUUUGCUUCACUGAAGGCGGUCCCCAGCCAGUGCCACUGACCCCAGUGCGUCGAGAGGGCACAGCCACCACCCCCGGCCACAGACCCCCCCCCCAGAACUGUCCCCCAUUGCUGACACACACCGACCUUUGUAUGCCGCAGAUGCUGCGGCAGUGGUUCAAGGCAGGCUUCACGCUGCCACAUGGGGGCUGCAUCUUGCCAGAGCCCACGGACCUCCUGCAGCCCCUAGCCACUCCUGGCUCACCAUGAGCAUUUUGACAGGAAGUACCUCUUAGUGGGGGUUAUGAGGGAGAAGUGGGUGGAAAGAUGUGUAUAGCAGGAAACCAUUGACUGGGAAUGGUUUGAGGCAGAAGCUCAGUGGUGAAGCAGGCACAGAGGG